AUGGCUUGGUCAACCUCUACCCUGAUCGCAACCACCUGUCUCCUCGUCCUCAUUUUCGCCCAUCCCACUGUCGCCUUUGGCGCCGGCAACAUCGCAUCCCUGUCCCGCAUCGAGGGUCAGAACUGGCGACAUGGAGAUAUCGAGGAUGUGCUUCUCACCUUGGCUAUGGCGCGCGUUGCUGGGGGCAGGAAAUUCUCCAAACUCGAUGUGCAGAGGGUAUACUUCGGCAAUUGGCUGCGGGAUUACAGUCAGGCAAUAGAUGUUGGAACUGUGAAAUAUGUCAGUGCUGAGGCAAUUCGACUGAUGCUUUGGGUUUUGGGUUUUAUGAGCUUUGGGUAUGGAACUGGUGAAUUCGAAGUGACUACUGAACGUCUCGGAACAUACCAACCCACCGAGCAUAUUGAUAAUCCCUUGGGGUAUGCCGAGGGUGAUGAUGCCCGUCGUUACGAUAGGCGCCUUCGAGGUCCUGUCGACGCAAACCUUGAGUUGUCGAUUGAUCCCCGCACCGAUGUCGGUAUCGCAACAUCAGCCGGGCUGCUACGGAGCAUCUUUGGUAGAUGUAUUGAACUUGGCCGCAGCUAUGGGCGAUCCGGUGAUAAAUCAGAAUUGCAUGAAGCGCUACGUCUCCUUGGGACCGGCCUGCACUGCUUAGAGGACUAUGCGGCGCACUCUAAUUUCACCGAGCUCUGCCUGAUUGAGAUGGGUGAGCAAUAUGUUUUCCCACAUGUUGGUCGACAAACGAUGAUCCAGCUUCCUGGAACUCAGCGUCCAGUUUACCCGAUUGUUACCGGCACUUUUGGCGGGGUAGACUUCCUGCACUCGGUUAUGGGAGAAUUCUCUGAUAAAGCUACCCAGUCAGAAAUUCAGUCUCUUGAAGGUGUUAUGGAGCAAUCCCAGAGCGAAGGAUCCAGCAAGAGCUUUCUUCAAGAAUUGCUUGCUAAAAUACCGUCUGAUAUCUUUGGCGGGGAAGAUAAUUCGGGGAAGAUGGACGAGUUUCAAUCCAACGCCCAAGCUCAACAACAAUCACACCCAAAUAUAUCUCCAAGAGAACCGGAGGAGUGGGCUCUCUAUUUGGAUAACGUCAAAGCCCAGAUCUACCCGAUUUUGGAAUGGCACGACAAUUUGAUGAAAACGAUUAGCGAAGCAAUCGAGAAAUUGCCAAUGAUUUCCGAUCUCAUUGAGCAAAUCCAAAACGAAAUCAAUGUUUUCGUGUUCUCCGUUAUUGCUCCAUACAUUAUUCCAGUCAUCAACCAGGUCAAGUCGGAGCUAGAGACUGGCUCGUCGGAAGUUAUCCAGAGCAGUAAACAACAACAGCACAACAUCUUCAAUGAUGACUAUUGCACUGACCCAACUCACUCAAUGUUAUCCAAAGAUCACUUUUCAAACGUGCUGAAUGAACCGGCUGGAAAGGUAGCCCAAGAAGUUGUGAGAUGGGCUGUUCCCCAGAUCAUGCAAGCGUGGGACGAUGACUACAUUGACAUUAAUCGUACCUUGACUCGGAUUAUCCAUGGCGUCUUCCAUCAUCCCGCCUAUCGCGAUUAUGGAGAGGAUGGGCAAGCUGAUAUCCGAGGGCUCAUGUUUGGUGCUGUCGAGAAAUGGUGGAGUGAGCAGGGUGGGCGUGGCCAGGACUCCCUCAGAGCACAGCUAAGCCGCGAAGGUAUUAGAAACGGUGAUAACCACAAGCCUGGUGUCCGGGAUACCGGUCAUGGAUGUGGUAAGCCAUUAGCUCUCCCUAAACACAAGUCUAAAAAGUCUAGUGGGAUCCCCAACGUUUUGGGCGGACUUUCAGGCAGUGGCCGUUCUCAGGAUGCAGAUGAAUUGGCAAAGAUGGCUAAGAAAGCAGUCGGAGGAGGUGUCCUUGGUGACUUGGUUGGCGGUAUUGUGACCGGUGCAGGAGCUGAGAUUCUUGCCGGAGGGUCAGGCUACGGUGGUGGCGAGUAUGUAGCGGAUGAGUAUAAAAAGGAGAAAGAGAAGAAAGAGAAGAAGGAAAAGAAGGAGAAAAAGAGCAAAAAGUAUGAUGAUGGCGAUGAGGAUGAAUAUAAGAAGAAGAAGUAUAAGGAUUACGACGAUGAAGAUGAUGGGUACAAGAAGAAGAAGAAAGACAAAAAGUACAAAGACGAUGAGGGUGACUACGAGAAGAAGUAUAAAAAAUACGAUGAGGAUGACGACGACGACGAGGGCGAGGACGGGUACAAGAAGAAAAAAAAAGACAAGAAGCACAAGGACGAUGAUGACCACAAGAAGUACAAACAUGAAAAAGAAACAUAG